AUGCCGGCGCAACCGACCCGGCACGCGCAGAAGAGCCCCUUCUUGAACGCUUGGGCGAGGUCGUGCGACAUACCUGGUAUCUGGGAUUUACGUCUUUUGGGGGUCCGCCGGUUCAUUUCCAGAUUUUUCACGCGCGGUUUGUCGAACAGGAAAAGUGGGUUGAUGAGCAGACGCUUCACGCCGGUUUCAUCCCGGCCAUACUGGCAUUUGUCCUAUGGUGGUAUGUCUACUGCUUUAAUUGCGUCCCUUGCCAUUCGGAAUGAUGGGCUGAUCAGUUUUACUAGUCUUCCCGGCGCAGUCGGUAUGUAUGCCCUCUCUCUCGGCGUGCAACGGAUCGACGAAACACUGCCCGCGGCAGUCUACGCUCUUCUCUCCGGUCUAAAUGCCUCGACAGUAGGCAUUGUUGCCCUCGCUGCCGUCCAGCUAGCUGAAAAGGCCAUCCGUGAUAAGAUUGCCCGCAUCCUGGUUAUUUUCGGUGCAUGCGCAGGCCUCUGCUAUAGCGCGCUCUGGUAUUUCCCAGUUCUUAUGGUUGCGGGUGGUGUUACUACGGCACUGUGGGAUGGUUGGAUAUAUCAACAAAUUCUCAGGGCAAGGAUGGCUUGGAAAAAUAGGAAUCGGCAGCCCGAACCGGAGGGUGACGAGCCUGGAUCGGCAGGCCGCGAGAGUUCGUCCAUGCAAAGCCCAGAACAGGGUGCUAGAAUAGAGAUGCUACGGAUGAGGAAGUCAGGUGCAGAGGCAUCCCCCCCGAACUCAACCAAUAUCCAGGCCCCGGAAGGAGGGGAAGCCGCACCUGCAUGGGAGCAUAUCAUUCGGAUCCGUGUAGGGGCUGCAAUUCUUAUCUUCUUCUUUGCGUCCUUCAUCGCCAUUCUUGUCACAAGAGCCAAACUCUCCGCACCGCCUCUAUCUCUCGAACUCUUCGCGAAUAUGUACUUAGCUGGCACUGUGAUCUUCGGCGGCGGCCCCGUCGUUAUCCCCUUGCUCCGGUCAUACGUCGUAGACCCGGGUUGGGUUUCCAGUCGAGACUUCCUCAUCGGCCUUGCAAUCAUUCAGGCCUUCCCCGGCCCAAACUUCAACUUUGCAGUCUUUCUCGGUGCUCUUGCCGUCCGAACAACAUCCUACCCGACAGUCUUCGGUGCCUUCCUCUGUGGGCUAGGGAUCUUCUUUCCUGGAAUUACCCUCGCCGUCGCAAUCCAGUCCUUUUGGCGUGUUCUGCGGAAACAAGUAUAUUCUGUUGGAUUAGUGUUUACAGCUGUGUACCGGCUUUGGGAAAUCGGAUAUCUAACUCCGCAGGAUCGUGAUGGGCAGAGUCUGGCGAAGGAGCCCUGGUGGGUUGUUAUUGCCGCUGUUACAUAUGCCCAGAGUGCAUGGUUCAAGGUCCCGCCUGCGGUUGCAAUUGUGCUAGGUGCUGUGCUUGGGUUGUGUUGGUAUGAAGUCGUUAGUCCUGCCUGGUGA